GUGCUCCUCGCCCUGUAGAAAGGCAAAGCCCGCCGUGCAGGCAGCCUAGCACUUAGAAGAUGCGAGGUCAUCUGCGAGGGAAGACGCUUCGGGGAGCCCCGGCAUUCCUUCCGCAGAAGAAGGGCCUUUGAGGGGGGCGGCCGAGGUGUCGCUGGCGUGGGCAGGGGCCGGGACAGAGGCGCCGAGAAGAUGGGGCGGCCUGCUCCCAGGCUGCCAGGGCCGGGGCCGAGUUGGCUGUGGGUGAGAAGUGAAGCGCAAGAAGAGGCCGCUCGGAGGCUCGGCGGGUAGAGCCCUGGGCCCAAAACACGCUAGCAUGGUAGAUCUAGAAUUGAAAGGGGCCUUCUAACUGAGCUCCUUAUCUUACAGGUGAAGCGCUGAGAUACAGUUGGUAGAACUGGAAUUUGAACCUGGAUCCUAGUCACAAAUCCAGCACUGUACUAGGGAUCAAGACCAUUAAUAUUUAGGAAAACUAUGUUUAAUUCUACUGAGAUCAAACUUAAAAUUAAGUCAUUCAGCUGUCCUGAGCCUGUGAAUUUUACCAUACAGUGGCAUUUGAAAUAUCAUGCAUGUCACAAUGAAUAUACUAAAUUGGAAGAACUGUUAGACAAGCACAUACUUAGUGGUGAUGAAGACUUCUGUGAAAAUUAUUUUCAAGGAAAACAAUGUCGCAAGCAAAAACGUGAACAUUUAAAUUGUGACCGGGAUUUACAGAUGUUUCCUAUGUUAAAUAGUAAAGAACAAACAGUGGUAAAUAGGAAAAAACUUCCAGACUUGCAAGGAUCAAUGGAUGAUGUUGUAGCUACAACAUGGAGGGAUGGACCGCAUCUCUUUAUUAUUUCUUUUAAAACAGAAAAGGAAGAUACAAGUUGGAAUUUGAAUGUUUCUCUUUCGAUGGUGGGCCUUCAUGGAUAUAUCUCUGCCUCAGAAUGGCCUUUAAUGAUUUUUUAUAUGGUGAUGUGCAUUAUUUACAUUUUGUAUGGUGUACUCUGGCUGAUGUGGUCUGCCUGUUAUUGGAAGGAUUUAUUAAGGAUUCAGUUCUGGAUUGCUGCUGUUAUUUUCCUGGGAAUGCUGGAAAAAGCAGUAUUUUAUGCAGAAUAUCAAAAUGUAAAUACUACAGGACUGUCUUCCCAAGGUUUAUUAAUGUUUGCUGAGCUGAUUUCUGCAAUUAAAAGGACACUAGCACGCCUUCUGGUUAUUAUUGUGAGCUUGGGCUAUGGCAUUGUGAAACCCCGUUUAGGAACAGUUAUGCAUCGCGUGAUCGGACUGGGUGCUCUUUACUUCAUUUUUGCAGCUAUUGAAGGCGUUAUGAGAAUUAUUGGGGGUUCUAGCCAUGUAGCUGUUCUCAUUUGUGACAUUAUUUUAGCAAUCAUUGACUCCAUUUUUGCGUGGUUCAUAUUUGUAAGUUUGGCACAAACAAUGAAGACCCUAAAACUAAGAAAGAACACAGUGAAAUUUUCACUCUACAGACAUUUCACAAAUACUCUGAUUUUUGCUAUAUUGGCUUCUAUAGUAUUUAUGAUAUGGACAACUAAAAAGUUUAGAUUAGCAGAAUGUCAGUCUGAUUGGAUGGAACUCUGGGUUGAUGAUGCAUUUUGGAGAUUCCUUUUUUCUCUGAUUCUUCUAGUAAUAAUGUUUUUAUGGAGACCAUCAGCAAAUAAUCAAAGAUAUGCCUUUACACCCUUAAUAGAUGAUUCAGAUGAUGAAAUUGAAGAAUUCACAGUGGUGUCUGAAAAUUUAGCUGAAGGCAUAAAGCUAAGAGCUUCAAAAACUGUUUCCAAUGGAACAGCUGUACCUGCUUCUUCUAAUAGUGUUGAUGAAGAUUUAAAGUGGGUAGAAGAAAACAUUCCUUCUUCAUUCACAGAUGUAGCUCUUCCAGUAUUAGUGGAUUCAGAUGAGGAAAUAAUGAUGACCAAAUAUGAAAUGUCAGAAAGAAUGUUAUCUUCAGAAAAGAUAAUGUGAUUAGAACCUGCAUAAAUGAAGCCUAGUUAAUGGCCAUGAAUUGUUCUCACCCAAGCUCUAAGAAACCUUCACCAGCUAUGCAUAUAAAUGUAUUGUUAGCAUUCAGCUGUCUGGCCUUUUUGUUUUUCAUACCUGACACUCCUAUCUCCUGCUUGUGCUGUGCCAUUGAGCUGUCCCCCACACCUGGAAUGCAUGUCUUCCUUCAGUCAUCUGCACCUCUUAGAGUACCUGUUUUCUUCAAGACUCAGCUCAAGCACCACCUGCUACAGAAGGCCUUUCUUGGUCAUCUCCCCCACCCAGCUACUAGUGCCUUCCCUCUAAAUUAUCGGGUAUCUCUUUUGUGUGUGUAUAUACAUAUAUCUAUAUAUAUAUUUAUACAUAUUGAUAUGUGCGUGCGUAUGUGUUUUCUCUGAUAGAAUGUAAACUCAUUGAAGACAGGGACUGUUAACUUUUUUUGUCUUUAAAUCCAUAGCGCCUAAGAAAGUGCCUGGCACAUAUAAGGCGCUUAAUAAAUGAUUGUUGACUGAAAUUUUUUGGUUAUAUUAUCAUGGAAGAUAUACAUAUUAAUAUUAAAUGCUCUGGUAUUGGGAAGGAAUUUAUAUUAUUUUAUAAAGAUGGCUCUUGAAUGUUGUCUUAGUGUCAGUUUGCUCUAGUUUUGGGAGCAAUUUAAAGUAUUACAUGCAAGAAGUGCAUAAAAUAUUUUCUUGUCUAGUGCAUAUUAUGUAUGUACUAUUUUGAAACUAUUUUCUUUGGGAGUAAAAGUUUAGGGAUUUAAGAUACCUAUUUAUUUUUUUUUUAACUUUCAUACAGUGUUCUCUGUACUUUUAGAAAGAAUGUGAGUUCUCUGUGGUAUUGCAAAUCAUAUUUUGUUUUCUUGGGUUUAUGCUUUAUAAUUUGACAAUUUUCUUUUUUUAAUAUAUAAAAAUGAUUCUAUACUAAGUAAAAUAUGGGUAAAGUUGAAGUGCAAAUAUGUAAUUUCUUGAUUUUGCUCUUUUGUUUAAAACAAAAGAUAUUCUUUAUAAGUACUUCUAUUAGCGUAAAAAUGCUUAUCUCAGUUUUCUUCUUUAAGUUGAGCAUAGUACAAGCAUUAUGCCAUCUGAUAAGAAGUGAAAAUCCUCCCUCCACUUCUAUUGGACCUCUGGAGCUAGUCAUAUCAUCCCCAGAAGAUCACUCAGCUACUGUUGUCAUUAUGUAAUUUAACAUGUGGAAAAUGCCAACAAAGAUAAAUGUAAAGAGCCCUAGAUAGUCAAGUUACUCAGAUGAAGGACCUAGGAAGCAAAACAGGCUGAGUGACCACUUGAAACAUAAGACACUACUUUCUUAUAUGUGUGAGAAAGAAAUCUAGCAAACUACUAAGACUUUCUAAUAGCCAGCUAGUCUAUCUUGUCAAGAGAGAGCAACUUCACUUUGCCUAUAAUCUUGAUGUGUUUUCUGUUUAGACAACUAUCACUGACAUUCUGUAACUGAGUUAAUCAUUUAUAACUAUCUAAGUGUUAAAGCCUUCUUCCUCAACAUUUUUAUAUAUCAGUUUUUAUAUUAUGCAUUUAUAACUUGACAUGCUCAUAUAUAACUUCAAACUUUUAAUUUUGAUAUAUUUAUAUAUAAAAUGUUCUAAAUAUUAAGAUGAAGUAAGUAUAUAGUAUAAUGAGAAUGUGAAUCAUUUGCAAAUGUUAUUAAUGCUGCUUUUGUAACCAAAGAAGGAGAAGGCUUUAACUGACAUUUAGAAUGAAAGUAUUAUAACCUGAUCUGUUUAUCUUUUGAAGGAGCUCUAUUGAUCUGGUGAGUUUAAGAGUUACUUAAGAUAAUGUAGGCAAAAUUAGCUUUAAAAACCUUUACUUGCAAAUAUUUCUAGAAUUUUGUGGGAAGAUGAAGAAUUUACCUUUCACUAAUUCAUUCAAAUUCUCUUAUUUACCAUUUUCAAGGAUGUUUAUAAGGGGAGUUAAUUCUGUUAUGUUUGUGAUCCAUGUCUAUUGAGUAAUAUAUUCUCAAGAUUGUUGACCAUGUAGUCAACAAAAUUUUUUUUUUAAAACAAGAUUUUUGAAAAUGAAAGGUUCUCAUUUGAAAUAGGCCAGAUAUUUUAUAUGCUCAAAAACAUUGAUUUUGGAAAUAUGAUAUUGUGUUGGGAUAUAGAUCUUAGAAUGAAAAAUAAUAAAUAGGAAUGUGAACUUUAUUUUACUUUCCACCAUGCAUAGGACAAAUUUUCCCCCACAAAAAUGAUCCAUUGGGACAGUUAGGUGGUGCAGUAGAUAGAGCACCAGCCCUGAAGUCAGGAGGACAUGAGUUCAAAUUUGACCUCAGAAAGGAAUACCUCCCGCUGUGUGACCCUGGGCAAGUCACUUAACCCCAACUGCCUCAGUAAAAAAAAAAAAAAAAAAAAAUUCACAUGUGAAUGUAUAGAUUCAGAAGUUUUGAUUAAACACAAUUAGAUGUGCAUAGAACAAAAAUCCUUGUCACAAAAAUUACCCUUAUUCAAAGUUAUAUUUGUCUAUGCAUAUAUCAUUGUCUUCUGAAUGCAGUUAAUGCAGUUAUAUUUUGCAGAACUGGGAUGAUUUUUUACUUUCGGUUUCUAGCACUUUACAUUUAAUACCUUUCGGUCCUGGGAGUGGUGGGGUUGGAAUAGAAAUAAAUCUGUCUAUUAUAGUAUAUUAGUGGAAUUUGGAAAUGUAGCAUUCUGAACUAUCUGGCUGCAGUAGCUACAAAGUGAUGUUAGUAAUGAUGGUGGUUGUGACUAAUAGGGAAAACUACCUCUAAAACAACCUGACCUCUUUUCCUCUUAAUGUUUGUUACACUAUAUAACUUUUCCUUCUGUAAUCAAAAUCAUUUAAGAAAUUUUCUUACUCAAAACCUUUUUUCUCUUAUCCUCAAAGAAAGCAGUAUGUUUUUCUUCUCCCUCCCCUCCAUUGGAAUGUAAUUUUAGAUACAUAGUAUGAAAGUUUGUAUUUUUAAGGAGAUGGUGCUGGUGAGUGGAGCAGUAGCAAAAUACACUUAAUUAUUGGCAUAGGAAUGUUGUAAGUUUUGUGACUGAGAUUCUUGCUUUCAUUAUCCUCAAUAUAAUGGGGCCUAAAGAAAUUCUUUAGGGGCUCCUAAAUAGCCCCAUAUUAUGGCGAUUCAUAACUCUCACACCGAAAGUUAGAGUGAGGACUAAAGAUUAUAAUUUAUAGUAUAACAAUUUGAGGAGACACUGUGUAGGGUCAUUAUAAAUGUUAGGCCUAUUGAUAACUGUUUUAGUUACUGUUGUCUAUGGCUGUUUUCAGCCUGUGCCUUAUGGGAUAAGAUAGAAUGUUCUUUUAAAUUCCCAAACUAGCACUUUUUGAUCAGGUAAAAGGAAAAUAACUUACUGUUCAAGAAAUCUCUUGAUUUAUGUGACUGCCUAUUAAAGAGAGAAUAUGAAGAAUAAUAUGGAAUCUUAUUGUUCUAUAUGACUGCCUCUUUCCAUAUAAAGCAUUUAAAAUGCUCUUGGAUUUUAUUAAAUGGACACCUUUUUUAUUUUAUAUCUUUAAAGUGAUAAUCCAUUGCUUUAAGUUAAGAGUAAUGUAUGCUUUAUUUAAAGGUGAGUGUGUUCAUUUAGUUGAUCCAAAACUCUAAAAAACGUAACUUGGUAUUAUUAAAUAGAUUGGUGGACAGCCUAUUCUAAGACUCUUACUAUUAGUGCAAAUAACUCCUUUUAUAGGGACUCAUAAUAUUUCCUCUAUAGUAAAAAAAAGUUGUUGCUGAUUGAUGUAUAGUAUUUGCUGUAUUUUUGUAUAAUUGUAAUGUUAAGACCUUGUAUAUAAAUAUGCACAUGAGGUUCAUAAUUUUAUGCCCUUUAUCUUGAAGGAUUUUUGGUCUGUUGUGCCAGAUUACAAUUUACUAUAUAGUUGGAGAAUGUUAUACCAGAUUAUUAAAUUAAUACUUCUAGAUCAAGUAGCAAUAGAAAACACAGUAAGCCUUAAAUUAAAAAAAUUAAUUUAGUCACUUGGUUAAAAUUCUAAAAGAAUGAAAUGUACAUGUAUAGUAAAAGAAGUCGUUGUUGUUUUCCUCAAGAGAAUGUUUUUAAACGUGAGAGUAGAGUUACAUUGAAUUGGUAUCAUUUUCUAAAAUUAGAAGAAAUUCAUUUGAGAAUGAAAUUAAGUUGGAGAUGACAUUGAAUAUUAUGAUUUUUUUUUUUGUAAUUAAAGAAUGAAUGAUGUCUUCAUUGAAAGUUUCAUUUGGAGCAGGUUGUCCUGAAUAUGAGAAAGAAAUUGAAGAAUUUUCAUUACUUGAAAAUUUGAUGUAUUACUGUGCCUUAAUGUUUGUUCUGACUUUCAAUAAAAUAAUUUCUGAAAUUC